AUGGGGGGUGGUUGGAGUAGUAGUGAUGGCGGUUCUUGAUUUGGAGCUGGCGUCUUUCUCGAGAUGUUGACUUCUCUCCUGGUUUGUCGGGUGUAAUAAGUGGUGGGGGCUGAAGGGGGAGGAGGAGGAGGCGUUUCGUUUUUGUUCUUUUCUGUGUGGUGGUGGUGGUGCUGUUGUUGUUUGGGUUUUAGGAGGGGAGUUGAGGAGGGAACGGAGUCAUGAUCGAUCAGUUCAUCAAUUUCGUGAUUCGGCCUCCCAGGGCAGAGUACAACCCUGACCAAUACUUGUGGGAAAAGGAUUUUACUCUAGCAGGCAGGUCGUACAAAAGACAAGAUUUGGAGCUUACCAACAAAAGAGGCCAUACCCUGAAGUGUAGUCAUUAUGUUCCUGCACCUUUGCCGGAGGAAACACCUCUUCCUUGUGUUAUUUACUGCCAUGGAAACAGUGGAUGUAGGGCUGAUGCAAAUGAAGCUGUUGUUAUUCUGCUUCCAUCAAAUAUCACUGUUUUCACACUUGAUUUUUCGGGAUCUGGCUUAUCUGAUGGUGAAUUUGUCAGCCUGGGUUGGCACGAGAAAAAUGACCUUCAGGUUGUGGUAUCACAUUUAAGAAGCAAUAAGCAAAUAUCAAGAAUAGGUCUUUGGGGACGGUCCAUGGGAGCAGUAACUAGCAUCCUCUAUGGAGCAGAAGACCCCUCAAUUGCUGGAAUGGUGUUGGAUAGUGCCUUCUCAAAUCUGUUUGAUCUCAUGUUGGAGCUAGCAGAUGUGUACAAAAUUCGUGUUCCUAAAUUUACAGUAAAGAUGGCGGUUCAGUAUAUGAGGAGGGUGAUCCAAAAGAGGGCCAAGUUUGAUAUCAUGGAUCUUAAUUGUUCGCAGGUUGCACCGAAAACAUUCAUACCUGCUUUAUUUGGACACGCUAGUGGGGACAAAUUCAUCCAGUGCCACCACUCUGACCUCAUUUUCAAAUCCUAUGCAGGAGACAAAAACAUCAUAAAGUUUGAUGGUGAUCACAAUUCUUCUCGGCCACAGUUUUAUUAUGAUUCAGUUUCCAUUUUCUUCUACAAUGUACUUCAUCCUCCUCAAGUUUCCUCUGCCUAUACAAAUAAAGCAGAGAAGUAUUAUGACUUGGGGAACCUGAGGAUCAGUGGAGGCAUGGACGAGAAUCUUUUAUACGACAUCAUCGCUGGUCUUCGUUCCAUGGGCACUGAUUCUGCGAGUUCAUCAUCAGUUCUUCCUAGCAAUUCGGCCGCAAGAUCUGUUGACGAGCUUCUUUCCGAAAAUUCAACAGUUAACGGGGUCGAGGAUUCCACUCAUCAAGGCAAUGCAUUUGGGAGCGACGAGCCAGCCCACGUGCAGGACAAGGAAAAUGGCCAGAAUGAAGAAUGUUGUUCAUUUACAAGUUCAAACAGGGAGAGCUGGGGAAGAUGCUCAUCUCUAGGAGGCAGCGAUGAUGAACCUUCUGCAUGCGCUAAUGACAGGCACCAGACGACUCUAAAUGCUCUUGCAACCCCACUUAGAAGCUCGCAACGAAGAUCUCCAGAGAACCUGAAAGACGAAAAGAAAAAGAAGAAAAAGAAAGCAGAGCCAGCUCCGAAAAAGCCUAAGCGUGAGAAAUUUGAGAAACUUGAAGCCUUAAGCCAGCGAUUGCGCCUUUGCAUAUUGAAAGGAGUCAACCAUCAGAGACACCGAUCAUCGUGACACCCUCCAUGCUGUAAAGAUUAUUUGGACUGUUGUUGUUAGUAAUGUAAUUGUUAUCGUUCCUUAAUUUUGUGUCUGCAGGUUUUCGUACUCUAGCUUUUGUCCCUUUUUCCUUAUUAACCUCUAGUAGGCAUUUCAACUUAGAGCAUCACCAAUGAGGUCGAUUAUCGCCAUUCUCUCCCUUUCUCCCACUCUUCAUUUGGCGCAUGCAUAUGUAACAAUGCGGUAAAUCUAUGCUGACCAAACAUUAUGUGUCAGACGAGAAUGGAUGUAACUGUGAUAUGUUCAGGACUGUUGUGUUAACCAAAA